GUUGCGCGGGGCUGCAGCGCAACUGUCAGUGGAGGCGGCGGCGGCAGUGGCAGUGGCUGAGGGGCAGCAGCGGCGGAGGCGGCAGAAUCUGGGUCUGAGGCUGCGAUGUGGAGGUUCCGUCUGGCCCACGGGGGCCUGAGGCUCCUGACUGUCCGACGUGCCUACAGCUCCAAAAGCAGCCACUACCCCGAGUACAAGCCCAUCAAGAAAGUCAUGGUGGCCAACCGAGGUGAGAUCGCGAUCCGAGUGUUCCGGGCCUGCACGGAGCUCGGCAUCCGCACCGUGGCCGUGUACUCGGAGCAGGACAUCGGGCAGAUGCACCGGCAGAAGGCCGACGAGGCGUACCUCAUCGGCCGGGGGCUGGCACCCGUGCAGGCCUACCUGGACAUCCCCGACAUCAUCAAAGUGGCCAAGGAGAACCACGUGGACGCCGUCCACCCCGGCUACGGCUUCCUGUCGGAGCGCGCCGACUUCGCCCAGGCCUGCCAGGACGCCGGCAUCAAGUUCAUCGGCCCCAGCCCCGAAGUGGUGCGCAAGAUGGGGGACAAGGUGGAGGCCCGCGCCAUCGCCAUCGCCGCAGGCGUCCCCGUGGUUCCCGGCACCGACAACCCCAUCUCUUCCUUGGGCGAGGCCCGCGAGUUCUGCAACACCUACGGCCUCCCCAUCAUCUUCAAGGCCGCCUACGGGGGCGGGGGGCGCGGCAUGAGGGUCGUGCACAGCUUCGAGGAAGUGGAAGAGAACUACAACCGCGCCUACUCGGAGGCCCUGGCCGCCUUCGGCAACGGGACGCUGUUCGUGGAGAAGUUCAUCGAGAAGCCGCGUCACAUCGAGGUGCAGAUCCUGGGCGACCAGUUCGGGAACGUGCUGCACCUCUACGAGCGCGACUGCUCCAUCCAGCGCCGGCACCAGAAGGUGGUGGAGAUCGCCCCGGCCGCCCACUUGGACCCCCAGCUCCGGAGCCGCCUGACCAGUGAUUCGGUCAAACUGGCCAAGCAGGUGGGCUACGAGAACGCGGGCACGGUGGAGUUCCUCAUAGACAAGUACGGCAAACACUAUUUCAUCGAGGUCAAUUCUCGUCUGCAAGUGGAGCACACGGUCACCGAGGAGAUCACCAACGUAGACCUCGUCCACGCCCAGAUCCACGUGGCCGAGGGCCGCAGCCUGCCCGACAUGGGCCUCCGGCAGGAGAACAUCCGCAUCAACGGCUGUGCCAUCCAGUGCCGGGUCACCACGGAGGACCCAGCGCGAGGCUUCCAGCCGGACACCGGCCGGAUCGAGGUGUUCCGGAGCGGCGAGGGCAUGGGCAUCCGCCUGGACAACGCCUCGGCCUUCCAGGGGGCGCUCAUCUCCCCGCACUAUGACUCCCUCUUGGUCAAAGUCAUCGCCCACGGCAAGGACCACCCCACGGCUGCCACCAAGAUGAGCCGGGCGCUGGCCGAGUUCCGCGUUCGAGGGGUAAAGACCAACAUCCCCUUCCUGCAGAACGUCCUCAACAACCAGCAGUUCCUGGCGGGCACCGUGGACACCCAGUUCAUUGACGAGAACCCCGAGCUCUUCCAGUUGCGGCCCGUGCAGAACCGGGCCCAGAAGCUGCUGCACUACCUGGGUCACGUCAUGGUGAACGGUCCUCAGACUCCGAUCGCUACCAAGGCCACCCCGAGCCCCAUCGAUCCCAUCAUCCCCCCCGUGCCCAUGGGGCCGCCUCCGGCGGGGUUCAGGGACAUCUUGCUGCGGGAGGGGCCGGAGGGCUUUGCGCGCGCCGUGCGGAACCACAAGGGGCUGCUCUUGAUGGACACCACCUUCCGCGACGCCCACCAGUCCCUGCUGGCCACGCGCGUCCGGACCUACGACCUCAAGAAGAUCUCCCCUUACGUCGCCCACAGUUUUAACAACCUCUUCAGCAUGGAGAACUGGGGGGGGGCCACGUUCGACGUCUCCAUGCGUUUCCUGUACGAGUGUCCGUGGCGUCGCUUACAGGAGCUCAGGGAGCUCAUCCCCAACAUCCCCUUCCAGAUGUUGCUGCGGGGUGCCAACGCCGUGGGCUACACCAACUACCCUGACAACGUGGUCUUUAAGUUCUGCGAGGUGGCCAAGGAGAACGGGAUGGACGUGUUCCGCAUCUUUGACUCCCUCAACUACCUGCCCAACCUGCUGCUGGGCAUCGAGGCGGUGGGCAGCGCGGGGGGCGUGGUGGAAGCCGCCAUCUCCUACACGGGCGACGUGGCCGACCCCAGCCGCACCAAGUACUCCCUGAAGUACUACACGGACCUGGCGGAGGAGCUGGUGCGGGCGGGCAUCCACAUCCUGUGCAUCAAGGACAUGGCCGGCCUCCUGAAGCCGGCGGCCUGCACCAUGCUGGUGGGCGCGCUCCGCGAUCGCUUCCCGGACCUCCCCCUGCACAUCCACACCCAUGACACGGCGGGCUCGGGCGUGGCCAACAUGCUGGCCUGCGCCCAGGCCGGGGCCGACGUGGUGGACGUGGCGGUCGACUCCAUGUCGGGGAUCACCUCCCAGCCCAGCAUGGGGGCCCUGGUGGCCUGCACCAAGGGGACCCCGCUCGACACAGGGGUGCCUCUGGAGCGGGUGUUCGACUACAGCGAGUACUGGGAGGGGGCCCGCGGCCUGUACGCGCCCUUCGACUGCACGGCCACCAUGAAGUCGGGGAACUCGGACGUGUACGAGAACGAGAUCCCGGGGGGCCAGUACACGAACCUGCACUUCCAGGCCCACAGCAUGGGGCUCGGCUCCAAGUUCAAGGAGGUGAAGAAGGCCUAUGUGGAGGCCAACCAGAUGCUGGGGGACCUCAUCAAGGUGACGCCCUCUUCCAAGAUCGUGGGGGACCUGGCCCAGUUCAUGGUGCAGAACGGGCUGAGCCGGGCCGACGCCGAGGAGGGCGCCGAGGAGCUGUCCUUCCCGCGCUCGGUGGUGGAGUUCCUGCAGGGCUACGUCGGCGUCCCCUACGGGGGCUUCCCCGAGCCCUUCCGGACUAAGGUGCUGAAGGACCUGCCCCGGGUGGAGGGCCGGCCGGGCGCCACGCUGCCCUCCCUGGACCUGGGGGCCCUGGAGAAGGAGCUGGAGGAGCGGCACGGGGAGGAGAUGACGCCGGAGGACGUGCUCUCGGCCGCCAUGUACCCGGACGUCUUCCAGCAGUUCAAGGACUUCACCCACACCUUCGGGCCCCUCGAGUGCCUCGACACGCGCCUCUUCCUGCAGGGGCCCAAGAUCGCCGAGGAGUUUGAGGUGGAGCUGGAGCGGGGCAAAACCCUGCACAUCAAGGCCCUGGCCAUGGGGGCCCUGAACCGGGCGGGGCAGAGGCAGGUGUUCUUCGAGCUCAAUGGCCAGGUGCGCUCCAUCCUCGUCAAGGACACCCAGGCCAUGAAGGAGAUGCAUUUCCACCCCAAGGCCCUGAAGGAUGUCAAGGGCCAGAUCGGGGCCCCGAUGCCCGGCAAGGUGAUCGACAUCAAAGUGAAGGAGGGGGCCAAGGUGAGCAAGGGCCAGCCACUGUGUGUGCUGAGCGCCAUGAAGAUGGAGACUGUGGUGACGGCGCCCAUAGAGGGCACGGUCCGCAAGGUCCACGUGACCCGUGACAUGACCCUGGAGGGGGACGACCUCAUCUUGGAGAUCGAGUGACCCGCUCCCUCCCUCGUCCCCAGUGCCUUAGCAUUGGAGGCCCGCUCUCCCCCGGUUCUUUCGCAGACGCCGCUGCCCGGGAGACCGGGCCGCGGGAAGGGGCGGCUCGUGGCCCGUCGCGGCCACCCCGGGGACCAGCUGCUCACGGCCAGGGGGCCGAGAGAGGGGCCCCCCCCGCCUUCCCCGCCACGUGCAGGACGCGUAUCUUUGCCAAAUUGGUGCCCUCUUUCUUUGGGGGGAGUGGGGGUCCUGGCCAGGAAGACUGGGGGGACGAGAGACCGCCUCGUCUCAGCCUCGACAGACUCACUCAAUAAAGCCGAUUGUCAUCUC